AUUGAGAGACUGUCAAAGGGACGGUAGACUUCGGUAUGGCACGAGGUGACCUCUUCGUCAAACCGCGGAGAUUUAAUUGAAGUUCCAGAAAGGAAAGAGGGGUUGAGCUUUGUUUCUUCAAAACAAAUCUAUCGUUAAUUUCUCUGUCUCACUUUGCUGCUGGAGCAAAACCCAUUUCCUUGAACUCCAACGAUGGCCCAACUAUAACCUCUCUUCUUCUGCUUUUUCUUCAAGUUCCAAUCUUCUUUAGGACAUAUUUUCCAGCAUCGUUCUGACUUUCCUCGCCUUUCUUUCUACUUUGCUUAUUCUGUUAUCGGAGAGUCCAUAUUCUUGUUUUGUUGGUGGAGAAAAAAGAAGAUGAAGGGUUGGAGGUGGAUUUGUGUUGGCCUUCUUUAUGCCGCCUUUGUGUUUAGGAUUGAUGCGGUUGGGCAGCGCCGGGGUCAACCCACUGAGCGAAUUUCAGAUUUUUGAUGCAGAGGUUGAGGAGGAGGAGGAGGAGGAGGAGGAGGAGGCUGAGCUCGAGGAGGCAGCUCUGCCAGAGUAGUGCUGGUGAUGUCUUGGAAGAUGAUCCAGUGGGAAGGUUGAAAGUUUUUGUGUAUGAGCUUCCAAGUAAAUAUAACAAAAAGAUUCUGCAAAAGGAUCCAAGAUGCCUAACCCAUAUGUUUGCAGCUGAGAUCUACAUGCAUCGAUUUCUCUUAUCUAGCCCUGUUCGAACCCUUAAUCCUGAAGAAGCUGAUUGGUUUUACACCCCUGUAUACACUACUUGUGACCUGACACCAAAUGGCCUCCCUUUGCCAUUUAAGUCUCCUCGGAUGAUGAGGAGUGCAAUACAGCUCAUUUCUUCUAACUGGCCUUACUGGAAUCGGACAGAAGGUGCUGAUCACUUUUUUGUAGUCCCUCAUGACUUUGGAGCAUGCUUCCAUUAUCAAGAGGAGAAGGCAAUUGAAAGAGGAAUUCUUCCCUUGCUCCAACGUGCAACACUGGUUCAGACUUUUGGACAACAGAAUCAUGUUUGUUUAAAAGAAAGCUCGAUUACAAUACCACCAUAUGCUCCUCCACAAAAAAUGCAAGCCCACCUGAUUCCUGAGAGAACUCCCAGGUCUAUAUUUGUGUACUUCCGGGGAUUGUUUUAUGAUGUGGGAAAUGACCCAGAAGGUGGUUAUUACGCAAGAGGUGCACGUGCAGCAGUGUGGGAGAACUUCAAGGACAAUCCGCUUUUUGACAUUUCCACAGAGCACCCAACAACAUAUUAUGAGGACAUGCAACGAGCUGUCUUUUGUUUAUGCCCCCUUGGCUGGGCUCCUUGGAGCCCGAGAUUGGUAGAAGCAGUGAUAUUUGGUUGCAUCCCCGUUAUCAUAGCAGAUGACAUUGUGCUACCCUUUGCUGAUGCCAUCCCAUGGGAAGAAAUUGGGGUCUUUGUAGCUGAGAAGGACGUUCCUAACUUAGAUACAAUCCUCACAUCAAUCCCGUCAGAUCUAAUUCUGAGGAAGCAAAGAUUGCUUGCCAACCCUUCGAUGAAGCAAGCAAUGUUGUUUCCACAACCAGCUCAACCAGGAGAUGCAUUCCAUCAAGUUCUAAAUGGACUGGCAAGAAAGUUGCCACAUGACAAGAGUAUUUACUUGAAGUCAGGUGAGAAAAUCCUAAACUGGACUGCAGGUCCAGUGGGUGAUCUGAAACCUUGGUAGCAGCUAUGGCAUUGCAUUCUCAACUCUAACUGGAAUGCUUGGAAUUAUGCCGUUUAAUCCACCCUUGUGAUCUUUUGAGAGCGUCUUGUUCUAAUUGAGGUGGUCAUUUGGGUUUAAGUCUUUUUUUUUUUUUUUACUUGGCUAAAAUGCAUUAUACUUUCUUUUCUUGCGCUUUUAGUUGGUGCUCGUUUGUUGUAAUUUUCCCUGUGGUGAAGUUCUUGAAACCAGUGGCUUCUUUUUCGGUUAUCAUCCACCUUUAAGUACAGGAAGCAACUUCUAAAUCAGGAUUUAUUCAUUCUCUCUAUUUUACAGUAGUGUAUUUGGCCAUAAAAAAAUUUGUCAUCUUUGUAAA